GAGCCCAGCCGGGCGUCGUGCGAACAGCAGCUGCUGGCGCUGGGGGCCAGAGAUCGCUUCGCGGCGUAGCGGAAGAUGUCGGACAGCGAAGACAGCAACUUCUCUGAGGAAGAGGACAGCGAACGCAGCAGUGAUGGCGAGGAGGCCGAGGUAGAGGAAGAGAGGCGGAGUGCGAAGGAAGAGGAGGCUGAGGAAGAGGAGGAGGAGGAGGAAGAGGAGUAUGAUGAGGAAGAAGAGGAGGAAGAUGAUGACCGGCCCCCCAAGAAACCCCGUCAUGGCGGCUUCAUUCUGGAUGAGGCUGAUGUGGAUGAUGAGUAUGAGGAUGAAGAUCAGUGGGAGGAUGGAGCUGAAGACAUCCUGGAGAAAGAAGAGAUUGAAGCCUCCAAUAUUGACAAUGUGGUCCUGGACGAGGACCGUUCUGGGGCCCGCCGCCUACAGAACCUCUGGAGGGACCAACGAGAAGAAGAGCUGGGCGAGUAUUACAUGAAGAAAUAUGCCAAGUCAUCUGUGGGAGAGACGGUGUACGGAGGGUCUGAUGAGCUCUCAGAUGACAUCACCCAGCAGCAGCUGCUCCCCGGAGUGAAGGACCCCAAUCUGUGGACUGUCAAAUGUAAGAUAGGAGAGGAACGAGCCACAGCCAUCUCCUUGAUGCGCAAGUUCAUCGCCUACCAGUUCACAGACACGCCCCUGCAGAUCAAGUCAGUAGUGGCCCCGGAACAUGUGAAGGGCUACAUCUACGUGGAGGCCUACAAGCAGACACACGUGAAGCAGGCCAUCGAGGGCGUGGGCAAUCUGCGGCUCGGCUACUGGAACCAGCAGAUGGUGCCCAUCAAGGAGAUGACGGACGUGCUUAAAGUAGUCAAGGAGGUGGCCAACCUAAAGCCCAAGUCCUGGGUGCGCCUCAAGCGAGGCAUCUACAAAGAUGACAUCGCUCAGGUGGAUUACGUGGAGCCCAGCCAGAACACCAUCUCUCUGAAGAUGAUCCCUCGGAUCGAUUAUGACCGCAUCAAGGCCCGCAUGAGCUUGAAAGAUUGGUUUGCCAAGAGAAAGAAGUUCAAGCGGCCUCCACAAAGGCUCUUUGAUGCUGAGAAGAUCAGAUCUCUGGGGGGUGACGUGGCCUCCGAUGGUGACUUCCUGAUCUUUGAGGGAAAUCGCUACAGCCGGAAGGGCUUUCUGUUCAAGAGCUUCGCCAUGUCAGCUGUGAUCACCGAGGGCGUGAAGCCCACCCUGUCAGAGCUGGAGAAGUUCGAGGACCAGCCAGAGGGCAUCGACUUGGAGGUGGUGACAGAGGGCACAGGGAAGGAGCGAGAGCACAACUUCCAGCCAGGGGACAAUGUGGAGGUGUGCGAGGGCGAGCUCAUCAACCUGCAGGGCAAGGUCCUCAGCGUGGACGGCAACAAGAUCACCAUCAUGCCAAAGCACGAGGACCUCAAGGACAUGCUGGAGUUCCCAGCCCAGGAGCUUCGGAAGUACUUCAAGAUGGGUGACCACGUGAAGGUGAUCGCCGGCCGCUUCGAGGGUGACACUGGCCUCAUCGUGCGUGUGGAGGAGAGCUUCGUCAUCCUCUUCUCUGACCUCACCAUGCAUGAGCUGAAGGUGCUUCCCCGGGACCUGCAGCUGUGUUCGGAAACGGCCUCGGGGGUGGACGUGGGGGGCCAGCAUGAGUGGGGAGAGCUGGUGCAGCUGGACCCCCGCACCGUGGGCGUGAUCGUGCGGCUGGAGCGGGAGACCUUCCAGGUGCUAAACAUGCACGGGAAGGUGGUGACAGUCAGGCACCAGGCUGUGACCCAGAAGAAGGACAACCGCUUUGCUGUCGCCCUGGACUCAGAACAGAACAACAUCCACGUGAAGGACAUCGUCAAGGUCAUUGAUGGCCCCCACUCAGGCCGGGAGGGCGAGAUCCGCCACCUGUACCGCAGCUUCGUCUUCCUACACUGCAAGAAGCUGGUGGAGAACGGUGGCAUGUUUGUCUGCAAGAUGCGUCACCUGGUGCUGGCGGGGGGCUCGAAGCCUCGAGAUGUGACCAACUACACUUUGGGUGGCUUUGCCCCAAUGAGCCCGCGGAUCAGCAGCCCCAUGCACCCCAGCGCUGGAGGCCAGCAUGGUGGCUUCGGGAGCCCAGGUGGUGGUGGCAUGGGCAGUGGCCGAGGGAGGAGAGACAAUGAACUCAUUGGCCAGACUGUCCGCAUCUCCCAGGGGCCCUACAAAGGCUACAUUGGUGUGGUGAAGGAUGCCACGGAGUCCACAGCCCGUGUGGAGCUGCACUCCACCUGCCAGACCAUCUCAGUGGACCGCCAGCGUCUCACCACAGUGGACUCAUGGCGUCCCGGAGGGAUGGCCUCAUCCUACGGGCGGACGCCCAUGUAUGGUUCCCAGACACCCAUGUACGGCUCUGGCUCCCGCACGCCCAUGUAUGGCUCCCAGACCCCUCUGCAGGACGGCAGCCGUACCCCACAUUAUGGCUCCCAGACACCGCUGCAUGACGGCAGCCGCACCCCUGCCCAGAGUGGUGCUUGGGACCCCAACAACCCCAACACGCCCUCAAGGGCUGAGGAAGAGUACGAGUAUGCCUUUGAUGAUGAGCCCACCCCAUCCCCCCAGGCCUACGGGGGGACCCCCAACCCCCAGACGCCUGGCUACCCAGACCCCUCAUCACCUCAGGUCAACCCUCAGUAUAACCCGCAGACACCAGGGACGCCAGCCAUGUACAACACGGACCAGUUCUCCCCCUAUGCCGCCCCCUCCCCGCAAGGCUCCUACCAGCCCAGCCCCAGUCCCCAGAGCUACCACCAGGUGGCGCCAAGCCCUGCAGGCUACCAGAAUACCCACUCUCCUGCCAGCUACCACCCAACGCCCUCCCCCAUGGCCUAUCAGGCAAGCCCCAGCCCGAGCCCCGUAGGCUACAGCCCCAUGACACCCGGAGCACCCUCCCCUGGUGGCUACAACCCACACACACCGGGCUCAGGCAUUGAGCAGAACUCCAGCGACUGGGUAACCACUGAUAUCCAAGUGAAGGUGCGGGACACCUAUUUGGACACGCAGGUGGUGGGGCAGACUGGCGUCAUCCGCAGUGUCACGGUACGUGGAGUCUGGGGUUUGAGUAGGCUGUGUUUCUCCAUCUCUGUUUAGCCCCCAAGAGCCCUAUUUCAGCCGGGCACUGAUGGUUCACUCCUGUGAUCCUAGCUACUGAGGAGGCUGAGAUCUGAGGAGCUCAAUUCAGAACCAACCUGGGCAGAAAAGUCUGAACCCAAGGGCAUAUCCAGCUACUCUGGCAGGGCUGUGGGGAAAGAUGGGUGAGGGGGACCCUCAGAAGGUUGAAUGAUGGGCCUUGGAGCUGGAAGGUUGUGCAUAAGAGACAUGACCUAGGCAAAGUCUAGAGGUUGACUGGGAACUAUGGGGCUGUCCCUGGAGAGACUAAGGCCCAAGAGGAACAAGUGGAGAGGAACCCAGGCCAGUGCAGGGCAGGGAGAGUCAAAGGCUGGAGAAGCUUCAUUUUGGCUUCCUUUGCUGACACAGCAGCCCAGCCCUGCUGAAGCACUCCUAAGGCCUCAGUGCUCAGCCUGGUCUGCUCC